UUAAGAGCUUGACUUCAGCUCAACAUCUAUCUGCAAAACAGACCUGAUGAAAAUACUCGAGUUUCUGCAUCUCCUGACAAACAAAGAUGGUGGGAAUUCUGAAUAUCCUUGUCAUUGCCUGUCUGCUGCGAGGUGCCCUGUGUGGAGAGUUUAAGGUCAUAAUACCACAGACUAUAGAGGUUGUUAGUGGAUCCUGUGUGACCAUCCCCUGCUCCUUUGAUGUGACAGACCAGUUUGUAUCAAAGCUAGAUAACACAUGUAAAGCACGAUGGAGAAAAGAUGGAGUUACUGUGUUUGAUAGCAGCCAGCCACAAACAACUACAAACAACGGACAACUGACAGGAGACUUGACCAAAAAAGACUGCACCACAACCCUGAACAACAUACAACCUGUUGACAACAACAAAAAAUAUUCCUUCAGACUGGACUGCGACGGCCUGGGAUAUGAUUUUUCUGAAAAAAUCUCUUUUUCAGUCAGAGCUGAUCCACUCAGACCGACUCUGACUCCGUCCACACUGGAGGUGAAGGAGGGAACCUCAGUGAGUUUGACGUGCUCUGCUCCAGCUCCCUGUCUGUCUCACCCUCCAAAUCUGACAUGGACCCCCGGCCUGGGUGACAGUCAGGAGACACUGCAGGAGAAUCAGGACAAAACUAAAGUCCAGACCUCUGUUGUCAACUUCACUGCUUCUCUUCACCUCCAUCAUGGAAAGACCAUCUCCUGUACUGCCACCUACAACAAACAAGAUGGCAGCACUGAGUCAGCUGUUAGCACAAGUUUAACAGCUAAUAUUUCAUUUUCCCCACAGAUCCUGCCCUCAUCUCAUUGCACCAUAGCUGAAGCCCAGCUCAGAUGUUCCUGCAGGACUGUGGGAAAUCCUUCUCCCACUUUACAAUGGUAUUUGGACGGGUCACCUGUCAAUCACUCUUUUGCAAUAAGCAACCUAAGUGACACAUGUCUGACGAGCAACCUUACUGUGGAUCAACCACAGGAGAAAAAUCUUUCCACCCUGCUCUGCCACAGCUCCAACUCUCUUGGAUCUGCCAGUCGACAUUUUUGCGUCAGCAGCAUUGAGCCUCAAACAUCUGCACAAAGUCAAGACCAGACGUUGCCAGUCUUCAUCACCAUAGUUGGCGCACUACUAGUCAUAGUAUGUGCUCUUCUGUUUGUCAUCAGGAAUCAGAGGACUCACUAUAACCUUCUUAAGAGUCAGCGCAGAGGUGACACCAGCACAGUUACUACGAGCCAGCUUCUAUCAAGUGGCGAGGACAAUCAGGUACCCAACACAACAGAGGAGGACAUUUAUGUAAACACCAGUGAGCUGAGACAGGCAGAUGUGGCCCAGCCGGAAACUAUCUCUGAGCCAAACAGCACCAACUUGCCAAGCUCUGGACAAAACAAUGCAGAAGGAGCCAGUGAAAGUUCAGAGAAGAAAAAUGAGGAGGGCAAUGAUGUGAUUUACUCUGCUGUGAAUUGGAAGACCAAGAGCAAGAAGAAGAAAGGAGACGACUCUCUGAACAUGAAUCAGCCUGGUAGCUCCUAUCUGGAGGAGGAGAGGUGCACAGUGGGAGGCAUGGCCAGAGAUUUUGUGAGCAAUGCACUGGAGAUGGAAUGCCUAUAUGACAAAGUGAAGCCUAGAAUUGUGGAGAAGGAAGUGGAAGGUGAAUAUGCCCAAGUUAAAUUUAAAGACAAGCAUCCUAUGCACAAAUAGAUCACAGUUCUAUAUUGCUGUGCCAAGUUUCGAAAAAUUAUUUGCUUUCUUGUACAUAUGUUUUCUUUAUAUUGGUGGAAGUAUGUUUCUUUUCUUUAAGUUCAGGGAGUUUUUAAGUGCUUGACAGAUUAUUCAUUCACAUUUUAAGUGCAUAAUAAUAUUAACAAUAAUAAUAAUGAACAUUUUUCUCAAUUUCUACUAUGUUCAUGCCAACACAUCCACCUGAAUUGUUAAAUUCAGCAGCCUGGUCAGUGGCCCUCAGCUUCAAACUAUGACGCUCUAGGUACCCCUCCGGCAUCGUUUCUAGACGUUUCAGUUUCCAUGUCAAUUUCCUCUCAUUACAUGCUACAGUGUCUUUAAAAAUAAACUUCUGUCUUCAUCGGAAACACAGGUAUCGCCGCCAAAACUUCUUUGGGUUUAGGCAACAAGAUGCUUUCCCCACAAAACCUACUUGGUUAGGUUUAGAAAAACUAUCAUUGUUUGGGUUAAAGGAAAUGACCACUUUAGAAUGAAUAUACAGACAGUACUUACUCACCCUCAUGCAGACAAGAAGUCCAGCGUAGUUUUUUAACAGCUAGCCGGAUUUUUCCAUACACUUGAAGUGCAUGGAACCCACGUCCAAAGUCAUUUUGAAAAUGAACGCGCGAGACUUGAGAAUGUUCAGAGACGUUCUUGUUCUCGAGUCUCGCGAGUUGCUAUGUUAAACACAACACACCUGCAGGCUAACUGACCACAGUGAGAAAUUUUGCUAUAAAAGUGGAGUAAAUUAUGUCUUUUCAAGUCAAUUUUGCAUGCCGCAGCUUCAGGGCACUUGGAUUACGACGGACGAGCUGUCCUGACUAGGGAUGCACCGAAAUGAAAAUUUGUGGCCAAAGCCGAAGCCGAAUAAUACGCUUGGCCGAAUACCGAGUACCAAAUACCGAAUAUCGUUGUUUAGUUUUUCAUUAGUUUUUGCAGAUGAACCAGCCCUGUAAAUCAGGGGUAUCCUCAACUGCCUGGAAUACCCGAGUUACCCGCUGGGCACACUUUUGUGCCUUUUUUGUGCCACCUUUCAAGAGCAUGAUGGCAGGUUGUGUCUAUCAUGGCCUAUCUGAAAUCCCGAGUGCAGAGCUGAUCUUCUCCCAGGCACUGUUUGUAAGUGUGUAGGCCUAUUGUCCUUGGGACAGAUAUAAAGCUCUGGGAAGCCCUGCACUAACAUGAUCAACUUUUCCAUGUUCAUCACAGCCUGACAUUUACAGAAGAAGGGAAAUAUAUCUGUCAGCUGUGAUUGGUUUGUAAUGUGACUCCUGUCUGACUGCUGAACGUGGCCUUUUCAAUUCAAUUCAAUUCAAUUCAAUUCAAUAAACUUUAUUUUUCUGUUAGGAACUUCGUCUGUGAAGAGCGACAGUGCAUUAAACAAAAUAAAUACAAAUAGAUAAAUACAAUGUCUGUCCUUUCAAAUUAAAUUCCCAGAGACCAGUCAUAAAGGUUUUAUUUUGAUGAGGCGCAACUACUAAUAGAGUUUAACUUUGUGUGUGUGUGUGUGUGUGUGUGUGUGUGUGUGUGUGUGUGUGUGUGUGUGUGUGCAACUAAGCAACCAAUGAAAUCUGACUAAUGACCUUUCUGGUCGACUAACUUUAGGGUGACUAUUAAGGGGCAGCCCUCAUAAAAACCCAAGUAAAGUUGAUUUCUGGUUUCACACGGGAAACAAACAUCAGUCCCCUGGGUGAAAGUCUGGUAUGUGUUUGACCCAUCCACCACCACUCCCUCUUCCCCCCCUUGGACUCUUUCGCUCUUUCUACUACAGUAUGUUAUUGCUGCAGACGGGAUUACACUAGGGCUGCAACUAACAAUUAUUUUCAUCGACUUAUCUGUCGAUUAUUUCUUCGAUUAGUCGACUAAUCAUUUCAUCGAAAAAUGUGUUAAAAAAUUGAAAAUUGUCAGUCUGUCUCUCCCAAACACCAAAAUUAUGUCAUCUAAUGUGUUGUUUCAUACUCACGCCAAAGGGUUUUACUUCACCGUCAUGGGAGUGUGUAAAGCUGCCAAUAUCUGAACGUAAGAAGCUGCAGUAAGAGUAUUUUGGGGUACUUUUAUAGUACUUUUCUAUGAAAAAUGACUCCAACCGAUAAGCCGACUACUAAAAUAGUCACAGAUCAUUUUAAUAGUCGAUUAGUCAUCGAUUAGUCGACUAAUCGUUGCAGCCCUAGAUUACUAACUGGAGUUAGUUGACAGCCUGUGCCAUCCAGUACAGAUGCUGUAGGGUAACUUGUGCAUUGGUAACAGAAACCAAGGGCCGCUCACCAUGUUGAUGCAUCUAAUGUCCUGGGAAUGAGACUGGGUUGCUAAUGCAUAACAAUUAAAAAUACUGAAUAAUAAUAAUAAAAAAGUGAGGGAGGCUGUGCUGUUAAA